AUGGCUUCGAGUAUAAGUACACCUGAUACUGGUGAUGGACUGCGGAAAAGAAUCGAGCAAGGAAAAAUAUCUGGUAGCUUCAAGCCCGUGAAUGAUAGUCCUCCUAAGGAAAGCAAAUUGGCAACUAAAGUAUUGGAAGAAGAUAAAAAAACGUUUGGCCGAACUCCAGAUGGCACCAUUUUCGCCGUCCCCCAAACUCAUGACAUGGUUUCUCAGCUUCUUGAUCCACGACAGCCUAAAAACCUAUCCGAUGCUCUAGUAAUAAUUAUACUUGUUAUUCAUAUAAUGACUUUGUAUUACCUACCUUCUAAAUUUAGAAGAACCGCAUUUGCAAUAAUAUUUCUCUUCUGGAGGGCCUGCUACAAUGUUGGGAUUGGCUAUCUCUUACAUAUGCAAUCGAAUUACCGAUGGCUUACAUUGUGGGCAAAAAAGACCGAUAUCUUUGAUGUGUCUAAAACGGCAAAUCAACCAUAUUCUUGGCUUUCUCUAAUUAUUAGGCGCGAACUUGAGAUAAAGAUACCAAAUGAUUACCAUUUCGAAAAAGCUCCGAUUGAGUACAACACCUGGCUUGUCUUUCGGAAAGUUGUGGACUUAAUAUUGAUGUGUGAUUUUACUAGUUACUGCUUGUUUGCUAUUGCUUGUGGACACCGUCCAGUUGACGAAAGCUUUCUUAUGACUAUAGCUAGAUGGGGUGUCGGAAUUAUACUCGUGGGCUUCAAUCUUUGGGUGAAGUUGGAUGCUCAUCGUGUGGUCAAAGAUUACGCUUGGUAUUGGGGUGACUUUUUUUAUCUUAUUGACCAAAAAUUAACAUUUGAUGGUGUCUUUGAGAUGGCUCCCCAUCCUAUGUACUCGGUAGGAUAUGCUGGAUAUUAUGGUAUUUCAAUGAUGGCGGCUAGUUAUAGUGUGUUGCUAAUUUCAGUCAUCGCACAAGCAGCUCAGUUUGCUUUUCUCAUCUAUGUUGAAAACCCUCACAUAGAAAAAACUUACAAUUCACCUCCUCCACGGAAGCGAACGAUCAGCCUUAAUGGGAACCACUUAAAUGAAAAGGAUACAUUAACUUUGAAAGAGGAUCACGACGAUAAAUGUGUAAAUGACGAGUGGGAUAAAUCCUUUGCACCAGAAUCAGUCUCAAUUCAUCAUUACUUAGGAUUUGGAAAUUUUGAUUUGUUUCGCUCCACCGACUUGUCUAUCUUGCUUAUUCAAGCUCUCAUGGUUAUUCUCACCUUUAUGACACCGUCCACCCUCUCUUCCCAGGUAUUUUUCUUCUUCAAUGCAGUGUUCUGGCGAAUUUGGUAUACUGUAGGCCUUGGGGUAAUCCUUGAUAAGCAAUCAAAAGCUAAAAUGUGGACACGACACUUCGUCAAAUACGGUGAAUCAGCCGAGGAAGCUUGGAAGCAAUGGAAAGGAAUGAAUUAUCUGAGUAUGACUAUGUGCUACGCUAGCUUUAUAGCUGCGUCAUAUAAGAUGUAUUCUAUUCCGACUGAUUGGGCAUACGGUCUAGUCUUAUUUAAACACAUUCUCGGGGCAGGACUCGUUGCCCUUCAAGUAUGGACAGCUGUAAGUAUCUAUGAAUCACUUGGUGAAUUCGGCUGGUUCUUCGGGGACUUUUUCUUCGAUAAAGGCAGCAAGUUAACUUACAGUGGUAUAUAUCGUUAUCUCAACAACCCAGAACGUAUUAUUGGGCUCGCCAGUAUAUGGGGGGCCGUGUUAAUUACAAAUAGCCCAGCAAUUUUUUUUCUGGCUUUUAUUAGCCAUAUUCUUACAUUAGGCUUUAUCCAACUUGUGGAGAAACCUCAUAUGCAGAAAUUAUACGGAAGAAAUCUACGCGCCGAAGCUGGCCUAACUAAAGGAAUCAAGCGCUCUCUUCCACCCCCUUUACAGAGGUUUCAGGGUAGCGUCGAUCGUGUUUUGGAAGACACAAGCCAUUUUGUUCGGGACUUUGUGGAUGCAGCGAGACCAAAAUUAGCUGCCGGGGUAUCAACAUUCGUUCGUGAUACGUCAUCCUUGUUUAGCCAAUAUCCAGCCCGUAUAACUAUAACACGACUAGCCCCGGACCUUGCUGGAUAUAACCCAAGAGACUACUCUCUGGAGAUUUCGGAAGUUUCUUCAAAUCAGGAAUUAAGAAAAUUAUCUGAGAAGAUAGGAAAAAGAGAGUGUUCUACGUCUCAAUCUAAGCUAGCUCAGACGACAGUAUAUGAGCCGCUAGUUUUUGACUACGGUAGUCCAAUCACUGUGAAAUGGCAGGCUCCAGCUCACUGUAGCAAGGAUGAUUGGAUCGGACUGUACAAAGUUGCCGAUAACGCUUCACGCGAGGUAACUCGCAUCUCAUCAGCUGGCCGCUGGUUACCAACAUUACCCAGCCUUAGUUGUGCGAACGCCAGGGAUAGGAGUGAGAUAUCUUUAGAGGGAAAACAUGGCACCCCGUCACAGCAAGGCCGAUCCUGUCAGACGACGCAUGUCCACGGGGAAAUAGUCUUUGAAGGAGAUAAACUUUGGUGGACUCAAGGUGUCUUUGAGUUUCGCUAUCAUCACGAUGGCAAGCACAAUGUUAUGGCCAUAUCAUACCCGUUUGAAAUAUCGAUCCGCAGGUUUGAUGAGGCUCAACUCCAGGUUGAGGAUGACAAUUGGUCACGGGUAGCCGUUGAAACUGCUUUACUACCAGUCAUCCGUAACUGCCUCGAUCGCGAUUCCAAUUUUGCCCCAAUUUCAGUAGAUGACUGUUUUGGAAUUCUCGUUGAAAGGGAUGGCAAGUACGCCAAGCGAGUCGCCUUUGCAGUGCAUCAAAUGUUUGGCCUUGAAUUCUUACCCAAAGUGAUCAUUGCAGACGGUAGUGUGCGAAAAUUGGCCCGCAGAAUCUGUAUUGCUAAAAAAGCCCUAGCACCCUACAGUAUGUCACAAUAUUCUUAA